AUGCCUAUUAAGGUGGAUGGAGCUACGGCUCAUGGGGAAGUAGGACAUUAUGCUAGAGUGUUGGUGGAAGUUGAUCUGGCGCAUCCUUUACCGGAAUCGGCUUGCGUGGAUUGUCAUGAUCGCUCUAUUUACGUGGAGUUUGGCUUCGAACAACUGCCUGCUUUUUGCACUAGGUGUAAAAUUACGGGUCACGCUUUGGAUAAAUGCAAGAAACGAUCUGAGAAGGUUGUUAACAGUGGUACCGAGAGCGGCAAUAAACAAACGGAUAAGGAAGGCAAUAAUGGUGAUGAGGUGAUUACUAAAAAAGUUGCGGACGCUGCAGGUCAGGUUCAGAAAAAUAAUACCUUGGAUGCUAUCAAACCAAAGCCAGCAUGGAGGCCGAGGGAGAACAUUAAUCAGGAAACUGCUGUUGGCAACAGAUUCAAUGCGCUAGCUCAAGUUCAUAUUGAGGAAUUUCCGGGUGCAGAUCUUCUGGAACAAGUCACAAGGGAUGCAGGCGAUGGGCUCAAUAAAGGAAAAGAAUGUGAGUUGGCUGAUGCGGAGGAUUCAGAUGGGGAUACUAUUGAGCACUUACAAGUGGAAACUUCGGAGUCGCCCCGGCUGAACGUGGCGGAGGAGAGAAAUCAGGUUGAACGUUUGCGGAGAGAUGAGCAAAAACAGGCUACGUUAGCGGAUAAUAGCCUCAGUAAGGACGAGGGGGGCAAAGUUGCUGCUCUAAAGAGCAUGGAAAGAGACAUGCAAAUUAACCGUGACUUAGCGGAUGCCAAAGCGACCGAGCAGGUGCCACUGGUAAAGAAAAGAGGCAGACCCCCGGGACAAACGAAUAAAGAAAUAAGGAAGCAGCCACCGAGAGCAGACAACAUUAAGGGCAGAUUGCGCAAAGCUCAGGAGGUCGAACCCAAUCCUGAAGCGGUUGAAAGCAUUAAAGAGCAAUUGUACAAAGCUUGGAUCCCCAUUUUUUGA